CGAUGUCAUUUUCAACCGGAACUGAUUCGAACCACACGUCAGAAUUUCACCGUUUCUUUGCUGGUUGUAACGUAGAAAACUUAAAACGGCCACCGUUACCUGCGUGGCCACGACGAAUGGACGCACCAAGUGUAAAUCUUCGGAAGAGAGGGAAUAUUGACGCCGAUCACGAUGAAAAGCAAUGUAAUAACUAUGAAUACAAAGACGAAGGUUCCACUAGAUCAUUUAUUCUGCUGGCUUUGAUAUUUCUAUCAGCUGUGGUUAUUAUGAGUGGAGUGUACUGGAGCUUUCCUAAAUUAGAAUCACAUGAAGCUGAAAAAAUCAAAUUACCACAAAAUAUAGAUGAUGCAAAAGGCUUGGGACAAGUUCUCUCAUUAUAUAAAGACAAGUACUACUUGACAGUAUUGUGUGGUUAUUUCAUGACCUAUAUAUUCUUACAGACGUUUGCCAUUCCUGGCUCUAUAUUUCUUAGUAUUUUGUCAGGCUUUUUGUUCCCAUUUCCUUUAGCUUUAUUUCUUGUCUGUUUGUGCUCAGCUAUUGGUGCUACCAACUGUUACCUUUUAUUUUAUUUAGCUGGUAGAAAUCUUGUACAAAAAUACAUCCCUGAGAAAGUAGCGGAAUGGGCAGCUACUGUGGGGAGACAUCGAGAUCAUUUAUUAAAUUAUAUCAUAUUUUUAAGGAUAACUCCAUUUUUACCAAACUGGUUUAUUAAUAUUACAUCACCUGUUAUAAAUGUACCACUUAGUCCAUUUUUCUUUGGCACAUUUCUUGGUGUGGCUCCCCCAUCAUUUGUAGCAAUACAAGCUGGUACAACAUUACAUCAAUUGAUGACAGCCAGCGAUGCAGUGUCAUGGAAAUCAGUCAUUAUUCUUGCUGUGUUGGCUGCACUGUCUUUGGUACCUGUGUUAUUUAAACAGAAACUAAAGAAGAAGUUUGAAUAAAUGCAAGAAGUCUAUGAACACUGCGCUGUCAAUGUUAUUUUAAAUAUCAGUGGAUUUCCCCCAUUAAGUGGAAGGGUUUGGUUCUAAUAAUCUCAGGAGUUAACUUAUUUUAGUGUCCGUUCUAACCACGGCCAUAUGUUAGCCACAUUUUUGCAUCAGCAACUCGUAUAUCUA